AUGAAAGAGCUCAUGGUUCGUGCUGAGGCUGCAGAUGUCACAAAAUCUCAGUUUCUCGCGAUAGUUUCGCAUGAGAUCAGGACUCCAAUGAACGGCGUUUUAGGUAUGCUGCAAAUGUUGAUGGAUACUGACCUUGAUGACAAUCAGAUCGAUUGUGCCCAAACUGCUCAUGAUAGUGGUAAAGAUCUUAUAUCGGUCAUAAGUGAGGUUCUCGAACAAGCUAAGAUCGAGGCAGGAAGGCUUGAACUCGAAGAUGUAGCUUUUCAUCCACAUGCUAUUCUAGAUGAAGUUCUAACACAUUUCUUUGAAAAAUCCAUUGAAAAACGAAUUGAGUUGGCUGUAUACGCGUCCAACCAAGUACCUCAAGUUAUCAUCAGCGAUCCUAAACUCUUCCGGCAAAUAAUUACCAAUCUUGUCGGAAACUCACUAAAGUUCACUCAUGAUAAAGGACAUGUUUUUGUCUCGAUUCAUCUUUCAAACGAAGUGAAGAAUCCACUUUGUAUCAUGGAUCCAGUGCUGAGAGAAGGCUUAAACCCUAUCAGUUAUGAGCCUGCGGGGAAAUGA